GUUAGAGGUGUGCGGGCUUCGGGGGCCAUGGGGACUCCUCCCGGCCUGCAGACGGACUGCGAGGCGCUGCUCAGCCGCUUCCAGGAGACGGACAGUGUACGCUUCGAGGCCUUCACGGAGCUCUGGAGAAACAUGAAGUUCGGUACUAUCUUCUGUGGCAGAAUGAGAAAUUUAGAAAAGAACAUGUUUACAAAAGAAGCUUUGGCUUUGGCUUGGCGAUAUUUUUUACCUCCAUACACCUUCCAGAUCAGAGUUGGUGCUUUGUAUCUGCUAUAUGGAUUAUAUAACACCCAACUGUGUCAACCAAAACAAAAGAUCAGAGUUGCCCUGAAGGAUUGGGAUGAAGUUUUAAAAUUUCAGCAAGAUUUAGUAAAUGCACAGCAUUUUGAUGCUGCUUAUAUUUUUAGGAAGCUACGACUAGACAGAGCAUUUCACUUUACAGCAAUGCCCAAAUUGCUGUCAUAUAGGAUGAAGAAAAAAAUUCACCGAGCUGAAGUUACAGAAGAAUUUAAGGACCCAAGUGAUCGUGUGAUGAAGCUUAUCACUUCUGAUGUAUUAGAGGAAAUGCUGAAUGUUCAUGAUCAUUAUCAGAACAUGAAACGUGUAAUUUCGGUUGAUAAGUCCAAGCCAGAUAAAGCCCUCAGUUUGAUAAAGGAUGAUUUUUUUGACAAUAUUAAGAACAUAGUUUUGGAGCAUCAGCAGUGGCACAAAGACAGAAAGAAUCCAUCCUUAAAAUCAAAAAUUAAUGAUGGAGAAGAAAAAAUGGAAGGAAAUUCACAAGAAACAGAGAGAUGUGAAAGGGCAGAAUCAUUAGCGAAAAUAAAAUCAAAGGCCUUUUCAGUUGUCAUUCAGGCAUCCAAAUCAAGAAGGCAUCGUCAAGUCAAACUUGACUCUUCUGACUGUGAUUCUGCAUCUGGUCAAGGGCAAGUCAAAGCAACUAGGAAAAAAGAGAAGAAAGAAAGAUUGAAACCAGCAGGAAGGAAGAUGUCUUUCAGAAACAAAGGUAACGUGCAGAAUAUACACAAGGAAGAUAAACCUUUAAGUCUGAGUAUGCCUGUAAUUACAGAAGAAGAGAAUGAAAGUUUGAGUGGAACAGAGUUCACUGCCUCCAAGAAGAAGAGAAAACACUGAACAAAGAGCCUGGUGUAGUUUUUAAUUUUGAGUUUUCUGACAGAAGAAAAGAAUGAUAUUUUGUGUAUUGAACAGGAAGACUGCCAGUAUUAAAAAUAAUCCUUCUGGGAAACUGUAGGUUAUUUCUUGGAAAUUGCAAUACAUAGUUCUAGAAUAAAAGUACACAAAAUUAGAAUAAGAAUUCUUUAACAUUUUCUUUAAUAUGCAUAAAUGGAGAUAAAACUUGUAUUUAGUAUGUAAUAUAAAAAAUUCUGUUAUUUGCAGAUUGUUACUAUUUCCUGUAACGUUUUGUGAUACUAUACUGUCCGAAUACAGUCUGGUAAUACUAUUCUAUUUUAUUUAAAAUAUAUUUUAUUGAAAUAUUAAUGUUUAUUACAUGCAAAUAACUAAUCAUUUUGUAUCUACAGUCUGAUAAUGGAUUUUUUAAUUUUGUAUAUUCUAUUUUGUAUAUUGUUAAGUGCAAUAAAGUUUUUGC